ACUAGAAGCUGUGAAGAAUGGAGGUGCCUCAUCCAGGUUUUAGAUUCUACCCAACCGAAGAGGAGCUGGUUUCCUUCUACCUUCGCAACAUGCUUGAUGGGAAGGGACCAGAUGUGCACCGGAUUAUUCCGGUCAUCGACAUUUGUGACAUGGAACCUUGGCACCUUCCAAAGCUUGCAGGAGAGCUGUGUCAAGCAGACACAGAGCAAUGGUUUUUCUUCACGCCAAGACAGGAGAGAGAAGCUAGGGGAGGAAGACCCAGCAGAACUACAGAUUCUGGGUACUGGAAGGCAACAGGCUCUCCUGGCUACGUGUAUUCAUCGGAAAACCGGGUGAUUGGAGUGAAGAAAACCAUGGUUUUCUACAAGGGGAAGGCUCCUACAGGAAGGAAAACCAAGUGGAAGAUGAAUGAAUACAGAGCCAUUGAAGAAGAGAUCAACCCACAUAGCAGAGUCAUUCCCAAGUUGAGGCAUGAAUUCACUUUGUGCCGAGUUUAUGUGAUCUCGGGAAGCUUCCGCGCAUUUGAUCGGCGCCCGGAAGUGUCAACAAUAAAGACACAGCAUGUCAUUGAUGGGGCUGGGGCUGGGGCUGGGGCUGGGGCUGGGGCUGGGGCUGGGGCUGGGGCUGGGGCUGGGGCUGCAAGUACAUCUCAGAACGCCACAAUGGAGGAAAGAACAAGUUCAUCUGAAACUUCUUAUUCAGGAGGAGACCUUCCUGAUCUCCCAGAGCUUGCAGGAAGUAUUAACUGGGAUAUAAAUGAUGGUUUAGAAUCUCUAUUGGAAUGGGACCAAAUAGAUUGGCUAACCCAAGCCAUGUAAAGAUCUGCAGCCCUGUUGAGCAACACUGAUAUUGUCCCAUUCCAAUAGAGAGCACUAGAAAAGCUUACUUUAGAUCUAAUAUAUUCUUUUUUUCUUUUAUUCA